AUGACGGACGGAGACAAGGCGCCCGUCGCCAAGGUUGAGGUGGUUUCACCAAAAGACACCUCCGGCAUCAGCGAUGGUCCCGUCGCAUCGCUACGAAGCUCUCUAGAGGCGCGCGCAGAUCCAGAUGCACAAAACACAGUCACGGAUUUUAUCGACUUUACUGAGUACUUACCAGCCGAUGUCAUCCGAUCUCUUACCCUCAUCGGCAAGCUCGACGAGACGUACUACCAAGCAUCCCUUAAAGUCGAUGACUUGACAACGACAUGGGCUCGGUUGCCCUCGAUACCGGCGCGUGAGCGCCCUGUACCACUCAAUAUUCGGGCCGAUAUAUCAAAACACCUCAGGCAUGCUGUUGAUUCGCGUACCUUUGCGCACACGGAGGCGGUUCGCAUGUCGGAAAAUGUCAACCGCCAUUACUUCAAGGCCAAAACUCUCCUCGAGAAGCUACAGGCUAUGAUGGAUUGCUACCCCACCGAAGACCAAAAGAGCCCAACCGAGGCCAAGUCGCCGCAAAUUACCCGCGCAAAGCUCACAGCUCGCCCUACCGGGGAAGAUGGCAAGAAGAUCAGUCGGCGCAGGGUGCCCAGAAUUACGGUUCCUGGUGAGGUCCUCGCGCCCUACGACAUUGAAUAUGACACUUUCUCGGACGAUAGCGACAUCAGUACCGACGAAGAAUCCGAUGCCGCUACCAACCGCAGAACACCUGGCCCGCCAAAGAUCAAGCUCAUCACCAGUAGAGGGGUGCCAAAGACGCUAAGCCGGCCAAUUCGAUCGCUCUCUUAUCCUUCUGCUGCAAUGACUGCGGCAGCCGCCGCAAAUUCCGCUGCCUUGCUGAAUCCUCCACCACAGAAUGCAGUUAUUGGCAGCAAGGAUGCGCCGUGGCUACAGCUUACCCAAUACGAAUUGGCUGUGCUUAGAAAGCGCAUGAAGAAGAACGCUGCGUGGGCUCCCAGCGAGACUAUGAUUGCCAGAGAACUCAAAUCCCUGGGGCGCGGGCCGGAAGCCUACCGGGAGGCGAAGAAGAAGGCCGAGGACGAAGGCCGUAUAUUCGACGCGCAAGUUCCCACUCUGGUGACGGAUGAUGAGUCUGGUUCCCAGCAGCUACCUGCAGGCGCGAUCAGCGCUGAUUUGCUCGAUUCUACAGACAUACCCACUAGCAACAAGGGCAUGAAAUUGAACGAGGCUAAGAAGCUCAAGCGGGAGGCUUUGGCCAAGCAGGCUGCCGAAGAAGCUGAAGAAUCGGAGCGAAAGAUGCGGGAGGCUGCUCAGAUGUUUCUGCAUACUGAUAAGCCCAGUGGUGACAAGAGCCAGCAAGCGAGUAAAUCACGCUCAGCCUCACGAAAUCAGCCAAAACGUAAGCGUGACGGCGAUGCUGAAGAUGACAAAGAAACACCCGCGCCGGCAGAAACGCCGCGAAACACAAAGCGCACAAAGAUUGAAACACCCGUGCCGCCGCCUAGGCAUCCGAGCUUCAAUAAUGAAACAUCGGCGACCUCGAGCGUUGCUACACCUGCCAGCAGUGUCCCUCCUCCGGCCACGCAGACACCUGUCCCUAUUCCGAUAUAUACCAGAUCGGCAUCAGCGGCAUCAGCGGCAGAUCAUAGCAAUCCUACGGUGACCACUUCAGUGCCAGUGAAACCGCCAGCGCAAACACCCGUGCCUCUUCCGAAAACAGAACAGAGACAUACCAUAACACCAGUCUAUCCGCCGGUGCGGGAUAUCCCUUCGCGAGAAGCUAAAAAGACACAACUCGCAACACCGCAGCCGCCGGCGCAGCUUGAACUUGGCUCUCGGCGAUCUGUGUCGCGCGGCCUCACACCGAGCGCAGAAUCAAGCCGGCGUCCUGGGUCGCGGGGCAAGGCUACGAGUCAAGAGCCGCCUACCCUGGCAUCAGACCGCCCGCGCCGAGCAAGCACUACAAGAAACACGCCAGCACCGGAGGCCAAGCCGCCGGUGCGCCGCACCAAGCGUCCUGCUCCUGGCAUAGUAAGCACCACUAGCAGCGGCGGUAACAGCGCCGUUGGCAAGCGGAAAGCCGCGCCUAAGAAGAAGGCUCGCGCCCUCAAGAAGGACAGGGGCCACGGGCUGCUGGAGACGGAGAUUGAGAUGGAGGAGGUUGACGACGAGGGGAACCCCAUUGACCCUAACGAGCCGCGCUACUGCGGCUGCAACGGAGUCAGUUUUGGGACUAUGAUCCAAUGCGAGAAUUCCGAGAAUUGCAAGUACGAGUGGUUCCACCUUGAGUGUGUUGGACUUGAAGAGGUUCCUGCACGAACCACGAAAUGGUAUUGCCCCGGAUGUCGCCGGCUUCUAAACAUUGGUGAAAAGGGUGAAGUGAGCGCGCGUGGCGUUAAGAAGUAA